CACCGACACCACCACCGACACCCCACACCCCCCCUUACCCCCACGCGUCAUGUCCCUCUUCAGCGCGUUCAAGAACAAGCCAAAUCAACAGCAAGACGCACCCCAACAAGGCGGAGAGUACUACGCCAAAACGCUCCGCUCAAACGUCGACGCCUUCACCUCGCCCCCGUCCCCCAUGUCCGUGCGCGGCAGCGCCGCUCUCUCGCCGCCGCUGCGCUCGGCGACGGCGUCCCCAAGGCCAAAGUUCCCAGCCGACCAGCUCCGCCCCUUCAUCCGCACUCUCCUCUCCAAGACGCUCGUCAAGGUCUCGUGGGAUAGCCAGGACAGAAGCCGCAUGGCCUUCUACAGCAAGGAGCUGUGCGAGCGCAUCAAGCAGCGCAUGAUCGAGAUCGAGCCAAAGGGGUACAAGUUCAUCGUCACGUCCACCUUCUCUGAAAACCUCGGACAGGCGGGUCGCGCAGACCUGUCGUGUCACUGGGAAGACGCGGAUUGUGCCAUCCAGGAAAUGUACUCGAACGACACCCUCAUGGUCGUCAUCAUCGCCUAUGCGAUCCGCGUCUAAGGCACACGCACGCGCGCCACACGAGUCGCGUCCAACUUACACCCUACCAACUGCACAAACACAAACAAACCUGUACACACACACACAGCACCACACAUUAGCACACACCACACACACACAUGUACUUUAUAAGGGACGAUAGGCUGCAUCGGAGCUCGGGGAUACAAGGAUAGCGCUAUAAUCGGUCUCAACACGGUGGGGGCAGUCGGUAAGGAAGGAUCGAAAGCGAAAAGGAUGUGUCUUCACAGUGCGAAGGGGGCGUCUUUUAGGGGAAAAGCCGGCCGCGAAGCCAGCCGAGCUUGUCCGUGCAAAGAGUCCAGCAUGUGAGGAUGUCGGGGCUGCUGGUGGUGGCAGCGAAUUAUGCUGGGUAGAUGACAACUGUUGUAGGCUUUGUCAAGUGUGAGGAGGAGAGUGGGAGAGGAGAGUGGUGUAGAUGUAGUAGUGGUGCGAGGUUUGCUCUAACGGAGGGGACGGCCGUACGCAGGCUGCUGCUGCAUGGGGAUACCGAGGCCACAGUCGCGGUGCUGCAUGAGGAUCGACGACAGUCGCGCAAUCUCCUCGUCGAGGGUGUGGACAGUCUGCUGGAGACGCUCGUUCUCCAUUGACAACGUCUCGACCUUGUUCUGCAGCUCGCCGAGCCAGGCCUUUUUGCGCUGGCGACACUUGAGAGCAGCCUGGCGGUUGCGCUCGAGGAAAUUGCGGCGCUUGUCUUCCUCGGUCUCGUUGCGGUUGCCCUUCUUGUCGUCCAGACCCUCGUCUUCAGACGACUCGCUAGGCUCGUCCUUGGCCUUCUUGCCCUUCUUGGCCGCACCUCCCUUGCCGGCACCAGACUCCUUGCGCUUCUGGCCAGCAGCCGCUUUCGGUUCCGCGCCGCGCUUGGGAGUGCUCGACUUGGCCUCCUCUUCCCGCUUUGACAACUCUUGGUGAGCCUGGGAGAGGAGGAACAAGCCAUUGGCAGCCUGGCUGGCCGCAUUGGCGUUCUGCUGAGCAAAGUCGGGAUGAGACAUGCCUGGGGCAACGGCGCCGGGGUGCACGGGCUGGUAGAAUGGGGGAGCAAUGCCACCGGCUGGGCGGUUGAGUUCGCUGGCGGCAGUGGUCAAGGCGUUGAGCGCGUUGGGAGGGAUAGUCUCCUGGCCGUUGUGGGCAGGGUUCAGAUGGGACAGGCCGUGGGGACCGCCUUGCUGGCUCUGCAGGUGAGGGGGGAUGGCAGAUGGGGGCUGACGCUCGCUAAACUGGCCGGCUUGGGUACCGUUGUUGGCAGGGGCAGCUCCGUCGGUGGUGUCGACGUUGGUGAUGCUGUUCAAGAAGGCCGCAGUGUUGGGACUGGGCAUAGGCAGGGCACCAAAGUUUGAGUUGAGGAGUGCGUUGUAUCCCGGAGUGAAGCCAGAUCCAGUGCCAGGAGUAAGACCGGUACGGAAAGUGCCCGACUCGAAUGUGUUGCUGUUGUUCUCGCCCGCGGCGGCAGCUGCUUGACUUCCUUGAGCGGGGCCAGCAAGCAUAGCAGGACUCAAAGGUCCUGCACGAAGAGAAUGGCCGGCGAGCCAAGGGAACUGACUGGGGUCGGCCGCGGCGGGGCUCGUUAAAGACGAGAGAGGAGGGAGAGCGUUGUGCUUGACACUAGUGGCGUCGCCACCACGUGGAGGGGUAGUACGUUCGGUGGAAGCUGAACCACGGGAGAAAGAUUGUUCGAAUGGGUUCGGCUCAAGGUCAAACAUUGACCGAUUGGAGGAGUCGUUGGCGGCUCCCGGAGACUUGGCUGUCAGCCUCGUCCUUGUUGCCGUCGCGGUCUUCCUUGGGCUCCUUGACAGUGACAGGAGGUUUAGAUUUUUCCUCAGUCUUCUCGGCCUUGACCGAUGACGAUGAGGGGGCUACUUUAGACGUGGGCCCUGUUGAAGGCAAUACGGAAGGUGGAGGUGCUACUGCUGUCAUUGAUUUGGGGAGUAAUCGGCGAGGGGACGAUGCAGGUGGUUGGGCUGCACAGUCGAUGUAGUGUAUAGCAAGGGAAGGAAACGAGGGUGGGCCCGGGACCUUGGAGGGAGGUGUAGAGCAGGAAGACGAGGCGGCGAAUUCUAUCUAAUGUAUGGUAUACACAAGGACUGGGAUCGAGUCGCUGCAGUGUAGGGAGGGGGGCUGGAUUCAAACCGGAGGGAAAGGGGGGGGGGGGGGGGGG